AUGGUGCUUGGUAGGGGUGGUGAAGUGAUGGUGCUUGGUGGGGGUGGUGAAGUGAUGGUGCUUGGUGGGGGUGGUGAAGUGAUGGUGCUUGGUGGUGGUGUGGUGGUGGUGUUGGGUUCGAUUAGGGCUCUGCAAGGUGUCUUUGAUGGUGGUGAUAGUGGUGGCGGAGUGGGUUUAUGGUUCAAUUUGAAUCUGCAGACAAGCCGAAUCGAUGAUGGUGGUGGCGUUGAGUUCAAUAAGGGCUUUGCAAGGUGUCCGCGAUUAGGGCUUUGCGCAACCGAUGGUGGUGAUGGUGGCGGCGGAGUGGGUUUGUGGUUCAAUUGGGUUUAA